AUGGAUAAGGGAGAAAGUCAAUCCAAAUAUAACAAGGAAGAAGGAGACAAUUUUAACUCAGUAGGAUCCGAGUCAGAAAAUGGAGCAAGUUGGAUUCAAGAUGUUCAACCAGACAAUAUCUUUGAGCAAGGGCUCUCAGAGAUAUCAUUAGCCUCCCCAACCCAUGUCAAAUUGACUUUCCUGGAGGAGAAUGAACCAUGGUGGGGAGAUGAAGAAGAUAUAAAAAAGGCCUUGGCAAAGAGUGGGAUGAAGCAGGAAGAAGAAGAAAUAUCUAAGAAAAUCAUAGACUCUGAUUCGACUGGGGAGCCCAGCACCCCUACCCAUAAAAAAAGGAAGGUUGAAACCGAGCAGGAUGAAAAGGAUGUGCAUUGUGAUGAAGAAGAGGGAAAGGAUAAGGAUGCUGAUUCUAAAAUGGAGCUUAACAAGGAGGAGAAUUAUGGAGAAGGAGAGGAAAGGGGAAAUUCUGAGAAUCGUCACUCCAACCCUAAGGGCUUGGAAAGUGAGAAAGAGGCUUUGAAUCCUAAGGAGGGUGAAAACCCUAAUGCUGAGGAGACUGAACAGAGCAAGGACUCUGCGGAUACCAUCCUGGAUACUAACAAGGAGACGGAAAACAGUGAAGCGGAGGAGGAAAUGGAAAUGGAGGACUAG